GCAGCAGGAGGGGCGGCGGUUGGUGACCGUUAGCGGGGGCGCUCGCGCGCUUUUUUCCUCCCUUUGCGAACGCUCGAGGCGGCGUCAACGGCCUCCUUCAGGGCCUCUGCGGCUGGCGAGCGAGUCGGGGCAGUUGAAGGGGCUGGUCUCUGCUCCCUAUGGCCUCGUUCCCGAAUCCCCUCCCCAGCCGCUUGGUGUAGCGACAGGAGCCGCCUGUGCCGAGGCUUAAGCCGGCCGGUUCCUCGCGAAUGCUGCCGCGCAGUCUCCCACCUCCGCACUUAAACCGGACCAGCGGCUGCCGGUUUUCCAGUCUGGCUUGACGGCGAGGUGCUCGGUGCCUCCUCGGCCGGCGCGUUGGCUGGGAAGGGCGGCAGCAGCCUCCGGCUGCGAGGUCACAUCUAUCUCCUGCUCACUUCUACUUGCAGCGCCCCCCUCUUGAGGACUGGCGACCCAGAAUGAGCAGCGGUCACAAGAAAGGGCCUUGUGUGGCCACGUAAAGGCGGGCACGUUUGUUGCCGCAGAAGCUUCAGUGGCCUGCUGCUCCAUGGGACUCGCACACUUCUUGCACUGCGUGGCCAUCGGACUGCGCCACAGUGCUGUGUAAUGUACACACAAGCGCCUGUCAGCGGAGGAUAACGCUUCAUGCCUCGGAUGGAGCGGCCUGUAGUCCACCCAAGCUUUUGAUGCAGUAGUUCUUAAAGGGCCCCGGGAUGUGGUGUGUUUGCUGCAGCUGGACUAACACAGCUACUUCAGAAGUUGUCUGGAGCAGCGGUAGAGAAUGAUGGCAAGCAUGCCAAAUAAACCCAUUUUUCCAGGUCUCUCAAAAUGAGUUUACGGAAACAAACCCCAAGUGAUUUCUUGAAACAAAUCAUUGGAAGACCAGUUGUUGUGAAGUUAAAUUCUGGAGUUGAUUAUCGAGGUGUGCUGGCUUGCCUGGAUGGGUACAUGAACAUAGCUCUGGAACAGACAGAAGAAUAUGUAAAUGGACAACUGAAGAACAAAUAUGGGGAUGCAUUUAUCAGAGGAAACAAUGUUUUGUAUAUAAGUACACAGAAGAGGAGAAUGUGAGCACACCUGAAGAUGGAAUAUUUUGUACUGCAGCUUUUGUUUUUAACAUUAUUUUGUUUGGUGGUGGUAAUUCUUGAAUGAACAAGAUUGUUGCAUUCUACUUUACUGACAUCCAGUUUGGAAUACUUUUUUGUUACUUGGAAUGAAAUAAAAAUGGAAAAGAACAUGA